CGCGUCACACCAAUCCUCGCUACCCAACGCGGCCAAUCCACCUCGAGAACCUCGAGAAGUACCUUGGCCUAAUGCCUCUUGGCGAGUCUGCUGAGCUCUACCUCGCCUCGUUCGGCACCGCCACGGCCUGCCUCUGCCUCACCACGCCGGCAAUCUGCUGCCUGGUGAGGCGGACCAACCGCUCCCGGCAGCGGGCUGCCGCAGCCACGGAAGGGCACAGAGCCCAGCGCUCGGUCGCCUCUUCGCGAUCGGUCGCUGAGCCGGAGGACUCGCAGAGCGCCGCGUGCCGCGAGGCGGCGGAGGCGGCUCUGGUGCGGGCGCAACAGGCCAAGAAUCGCGUUCGGCGCAGCUUCAACAGCCUCGUGCGCGCCCUCUUUCUCUGCUGCGUGCUGGGCGGGUUCGGGAUCGCGAUGGCGGGCUUCACGGCCCAGGACACGUCGCCGGGCCGCACGACCGCGCGCGAGUUCCUCACCCGCUUCACCCUCCCCUUUGCGGUGAUGGUGGUGGUUGCGCCGUCGUGCGCACUGCUCGCCGGCCUCGACCCGGCGCUGCCUCGGCGGAUGAGGAGCCAGCUCCACCGCAUCGUAGUCGUGAUGAUGCCGCUCUGCGGGUCGGUCAGCCUUGGACUUGCGCUCUUCUUCGCCCUCUCGCCGCGGCUCGCCACAUCGAGGCCGCUCGCCUUCACCUUUGGCGUGCUGUCGGCCUCGAUGUGGGCGCUGCUCGCCCUCUCUCUGCCGCUGCUGCUCGCGAGCCGCACGCGUGCGCUGCCCCGCGUCUCGGUCCUGUUGCAGCGGCAGAUGCGCAUCGUCGGCGAGUCGUGCGGAGGCGGCAAGCCGUCCGCCAGCGACUGGGGAGCCAUCCCGUGCACCGAGUGGCUCGAGGGGUGGCCUCGCGCAGCGUAUCUGCUGGAGGGGGAGGGCUACUUCGCCGUCGCGCCACGCGAGGCGGCAGAGACCUUCUACACCUCCGUCUCGCUCGUCUUUGUGAUGACUGGCGUCGCCUUCCUCGCCGCCUUCGCCGUCGCCUCGCAGCGCGGCGCGCCCGGCUGGUCGACCGUUGGACUCCACCUCCCGCUCGCCGCCACCUACGGCCUCGUCUCGCCGGCGCUGCUCUGCCGGCCGACGCGGCGCGCCUUUGCCGCCUGUGUCAGCCGGCUCUUCUCGGGCGGCGAGGAGCGCGAGGCGGCCGUCAUCGCGGCGCUCCUCGGAGGGCUCGACGCGGCGCACGCCCUGGGGCUGGCGCGCAAGACAUUCCGUGGCCUGCCGAUCAGCGCCAUCGGGCCGAGCGAUCUCGGCUCCUCCGAGGACAGCGGGCUGCACGCGCGCACCGUCAAGCUGCCGCUCGGCAGCUGCGACGCCUUUGUUUCCCACUCCUGGCACGACGACGGAGGGGAGAAGUACGCCGCGCUGCAGAGGUGGGCGACCGGGUUCGAGGCGGAACACGGGCGCGAGCCGCUCGUCUUCAUCGACAAGGCAUGCAUAGAGCAGACCAACCCGGCCGCCUCGCUGCCGUGCCUGCCCAUCUACCUGGCGGGCUGCAAGCGGCUAGUCGUGCUGGCGGGCCCAACCUUCACCGAGCGGCUGUGGACAGCGGUGGAGCUCUUCACUUUUACGGUGAUGGGUGGCACACUCGACCGGAUCGACGUGCUCCCCCUCGACCGGCGGCGCGGGCUCGCAGGCGUGCUCGACAAGUUCGAUGCCUUUGACGUGACGCACGCAAAGUGCGCACGCACCGAGGACCGGCAGAGGCUGCUCGCGGUGAUCGAGGCGGCGUUCGGCAACCAUGGGCCCUUCAACCUCCUCGUGCGCACCAUCCUGCGCCGCCGCCACUCGCGGAGGCACGGGUCGACGCGGGGUGGCGGCCGCCCCGCGCUCUCCUCGCGCCUGUCCGCCGCCGGGCUCGGCCUUCUGUGGGGAGGGGGAGGGUCGCCGGCGGUGACGGCGCGCGAGUCGACGGUGUCUUCGAUCCGGCCGUCGGACGCCAAGGAGGGACGGGGCGACGGCGCGGGCGAGGAGUCGAAGAGGGACGAGCCAGACAAGGAGGAGGAUCGCGGCGGAGGAGGCUUGGGCGGCGAACAGAGCGGCGCCGCCGCGCGUGGCGCCACAACGACAAGCGGAGCCGGAGGAGCGGAUGUUGUCGUCGUGAGGAUGUCGGCGUGUGUCGUCUGAUGAUUACGCAGUACGGCUCAGGGCGUGUGCUGUGUGACAUACGAGAUACGUGCGUGCACCUGGGUCGUACGUGCGCACAAUCUCGAUUAUCGGACGACUUUGGCAUGUGACUUGUGAGAGCGAGAUGAGUAGUAUGGCAUGUGUAAUAACAAUACUGAGUUA